CCAGUCUCAAAUUCCUUGGCCUCCCAAAGUAAUGGGAUUACAGGUGUGAGCCACAAUGCCCAGCCUAGCUUGGGUUUUAAAGUAUAGGGAGACAUCUGGUAUGGGUGGGAGCUUGUCCUGGUCACAUGAGGCAGGAUGGGAAAAGGACAGGGAGCUUGCAGCUAGUCAUGGAAAUGGAUCCAUCAACAAAGGUCUAGGUUAUUGCAGAGGUUGUCUGUUAUAAAAUUCUACUCUUUUAGAGUCUGCUAUUAUAAAAACUCUGAUUCUGCUCUGUGUUAAAAAAUUGAAAUAAUAUGUGUGUUCUACACAUAAGAUAAAAUAUACAAGGGCUGAGUAGUGUCCCUCAGAAAACUGAGGAGAAGAAACAGUGGCAGACACUAGCCGAGUCUUGCGAUGUUCCCCAAAAAUGAUACUUGCCAUAUUAUUGCUUUCCCCUCAACCCCCAAAGACAGCAACAUAGCAUUAUGUCAAGACAUUGGGACUAAAAUAUCCUGGAAAACCUGUCCAAAGCACCUACUUAGAAUUUCUUAGCCAUAUCUGAGGAUUAGUAUGGGAUUGGAAGGACUGGCCAACCUUCCAUUGUGGAAGUCAAGAGCUCAUACUCCAUAAUGUGUCUUAGAGGAGGACACAGAAAAUAAACAAUUGCUUUUCAUGCCAUGAAAUAAUGGAAGUGCAUUGAUAGAUCAAACUUGAAUGUGCAAUAUAUUGUUUUCUCUUAUCUCUAACCAAAUACAAGUUACAUUAAGACAUUUUAUUAGAAAAAUGGGUUAAUUUGGCAAGACCGUAUCCAUUGCUAAAUAUUGACUCUUUUGUACUUACUGAACUUAGGCAAUAGAUUGAAAACAUAAAAGGUUAAAAUGCAGUGUUUAUUUACAAAUGGAAAUAAUUCUAAACUACCUGAUCAUUUGAGGUUCAUAACCGGAAAACACUUGAAUCACCUAGAUUCUAUAAGUUGAUGAAUUAAUUUAUUUAACGAUUUUCAAAAUACUGAGAUAUUUAAGAGCACCAGCACACUCCAUGACAUAUUUACUCUAAGAAUUCUUCAUAAAGUAUAAGUAAUUAAAAACUUAAGGAGUAUAAGAGACUUCAAGAACAAUUUCUUGUUUCAGAGUUAUUUAAGAGUACCAUGAUGGUGAGAUCUGAUUCAGGAGGACAAGUUUACCUUGAUUAUCACAACAGGCAGGGCCUCUUAGUUGACUGGAAAUACAAUGAAGCACUUUAUCUUGAAGAAGGGCAACCAGAGACUUAUUAUAGGACAGCUCUUCUUCAAGUGACAAUUUCACUUAGCAAAGUAGAGCUUAGUGUGGGAGAAUCUAAAUUCUUCACAUGUACAGCGAUUGGUGAACCUGAAAGUAUAGAUUGGUAUAAUCCUCAAGGAGAGAAGAUAAUUUCAACACAAAGGAUAGUAGUGCAAAAGGAAGGUGUUAGGUCACGGUUAACCAUCUACAAUGCAAAUAUAGAAGAUGCAGGGAUAUAUCGUUGUCAAGCAACAGAUGCCAAAGGACAGACACAAGAAGCUACAGUAGUUUUGGAAAUUUACCAAAAACUCACUUUCAGAGAAGUGGUAUCUCCACAAGAAUUCAAACAAGGAGAAGAUGCAGAAGUGGUUUGCCGAGUUAGCAGUUCACCUGCGCCUGCUGUCAGCUGGUUGUAUCAUAAUGAGGAAGUCACCGCUAUUUCCGACAAUCGGUUCGCUAUGUUAGCAAACAAUAACCUGCAGAUUCUCAACAUCAAUAAAAGCGAUGAGGGUAUAUACAGAUGUGAAGGAAGAGUGGAGGCCAGGGGAGAAAUUGACUUCCGUGAUAUCAUUGUUAUUGUUAAUGUGCCGCCAGCAAUCUCAAUGCCUCAGAAAUCUUUCAAUGCCACGGCAGAGAGAGGAGAAGAGAUGACGUUUUCCUGCAGGGCCUCAGGCUCUCCAGAACCUGCCAUCUCCUGGUUCAGGAAUGGCAAGCUCAUUGAAGAAAAUGAAAAGUACAUAUUGAAAGGGAGCAAUACAGAACUGACUGUCAGGAACAUAGUCAAUAGUGAUGGUGGUCCUUAUGUCUGCAGAGCCACAAAUAAGGCAGGAGAAGAUGAAAAGCAAGCUUUCCUCCAGGUCUUUGUACAGCCUCACAUAAUACAGCUUAAAAAUGAAACUACAUUUGAGAAUGGUCAAGUCACACUCAUAUGUGAUGCAGAAGGGGAGCCUAUUCCAGAAAUCACUUGGAAGAGAGCUGUGGAUGGCUUCACGUUCACUGAAGGCGACAAGAGCCCAGACGGCCGUAUCGAAGUCAAAGGGCAGCAUGGAAGCUCGUCACUGCAUAUUAAAGAUGUGAAGUUGUCAGAUUCAGGGAGAUAUGACUGUGAAGCUGCAAGUAGAAUUGGAGGGCACCAAAAGAGCAUGUACCUUGAUAUUGAAUAUGCCCCCAAGUUCAUAUCAAACCAAACAAUUUAUUACUCUUGGGAAGGAAAUCCUAUCAAUAUAAGUUGUGAUGUGAAAUCAAAUCCACCAGCAUCAAUUCACUGGAGAAGAGAGAAAUUAGUCUUACCUGCUAAAAACACGACCAAUUUAAAGACAUAUAGUACAGGAAGGAAGAUGAUAUUAGAGAUUGCACCUACAUCUGACAAUGACUUUGGACGCUAUAAUUGCACAGCCACUAAUCGCAUAGGAACAAGAUUUCAAGAAUACAUUCUUGCUUUGGCUGAUGUGCCAUCCAGUCCCUAUGGAGUGAAGAUCAUAGAGCUGUCACAGACCACAGCCAAGGUUUCUUUCAACAAACCGGACUCCCAUGGAGGUGUGCCUAUUCAUCACUAUCAAGUGGAUGUCAAAGAAGUAGCGUCAGAAAUCUGGAAAAUUGUACGCUCCCAUGGAGUUCAAACAAUGGUUGUUUUGAGCAACCUGGAACCAAAUACAACUUAUGAAAUCAGGGUUGCAGCUGUAAAUGGAAAGGGACAAGGAGACUACAGUAAAAUAGAAAUCUUCCAAACGUUACCAGUCCGUGAGCCAAGUCCUCCAUCCAUACAUGGACAGCCAAGCAGUGGAAAGAGCUUUAAACUCAGCAUCACCAAACAGGACGAUGGAGGGGCCCCUAUUUUGGAAUACAUUGUGAAAUAUAGAAGUAAAGAUAAGGAAGACCAAUGGCUAGAGAAAAAAGUACAGGGAAAUAAAGACCACAUCAUUUUGGAGCAUCUCCAGUGGACCAUGGGGUAUGAAGUUCAGAUUACAGCUGCCAAUAGGUUGGGAUAUUCCGAACCAACAGUUUAUGAAUUCAGCAUGCCACCAAAGCCCAACAUUAUUAAAGACACGCUUUUUAAUGGUCUUGGGCUUGGAGCAGUCAUUGGCCUGGGAGUUGCUGCACUUCUGCUAAUUCUUGUGGUAACAGACGUCAGCUGCUUCUUUAUUCGGCAAUGUGGGUUGCUGAUGUGCAUCACUAGGAGGAUGUGUGGAAAGAAAAGUGGCUCCAGUGGCAAAAGUAAAGAACUCGAAGAAGGAAAAGCUGCAUACCUGAAAGAUGGAUCAAAAGAACCAAUAGUGGAGAUGAGAACAGAGGAUGAAAGAAUUACUAAUCACGAAGAUGGGAGCCCAGUAAAUGAGCCAAAUGAAACCACACCACUAACAGAACCUGAAAAAUUGCCUUUAAAGGAAGAAAAUGGGAAAGAAGCUCUAAAUCCAGAAACUAUAGAAAUUAAAGUUUCUAAUGACAUCAUUCAAUCAAAAGAAGACGACAGCAAAGCAUAACAACACUAUUACAGGGGCUUGAACAACACUACGAAGAGUAUUUGGAUUGCAGUGACCCUAUGACCAAAACUAUUCCAUUGACCUUAAUUUCUUGGGAAACUUCUAGCUUGGAAUAGCUUGUACACAUAUACAUAUGAUCAAAUACUCCUGCCCAUGGCCCAUUUCCUUUUGUUAUUGUUGUUGCUGUUGCUGUUGUUGUUAAUUUUAAGAAUUUCAAUAUCAAGACCUGACUGGCACCAACACUUUGGGUAUUCAAUUUGAUUAUAUGACUGAAGUACUGGAAUUCAUUAUAUGGCUCAAGUACUCUAUUUAUUAAGAACUAUAUUUAAUACCACCAACAAAUAUAGGGGUUAAGGAAAAAGACAUGAGCUAUAUGUGUAAGAAGGCUCUGCAUGUGUAUGAGUCCUAUUCUGGGCAAAUAGAUUCUUAAGGUGGCUUUCAACUUCAAGAUGAAGGCACUUAAUAACGGUUACUCAUUUUAUCAGGGGAAUUUCAGGGAACAUAGGCUUCAAAGAGCCAGUUUAUCUUUAGCAGAUAUUAAAAAUUGAAAACUUCGAAGAACUCAUUUCAAGCUAUGAUUCGGUGCAUUUUCAACAUUGAUUUUUGAUAGACUGAAGUGCCAGAUCAAAAUUGUUACCCAUUUGAAAGAAUAUUAGUUGUAUAUAAAAUUAGAUUAGAAAGACUUUCUAAAUCUCUAUCUCUUUAUAUAUGUCCUAUUCAUUCACAAUGGAUUAUACACAAAAAAUGUAUUGCAAGUGAAAUAAUAUUGAUUUCUGCCCUCAGCUUCAAAUAAAGUAAAUUGAAAUGGGAACAAUAUCAAUAUGGUGUCUUGAUAUAUUUAUAAAUAUGUGAUUAUCAUUUAUUUUUAAACAACUUAUCAAAAAAAGUCUUUAGUGUUCAAAUACUUCAAAUCAUAUCCUCAGAUAUAUUUUUAGCCCAUAGUUUUAUAUAAUCUUUGAGAACUAAUUUUACCACUGUUACAGGUUCACCAUUAAAUGUAAUUGGCUACUGGAAAUUAAAAUUUUAAGGUUGACUAAAUUAAGAAGAAAUUAUUUAACAUUUUAAUGUGCCACAAAAGUGUAAAUGAUAAACAAUUACACUUCCACUAUGUGUUCUAUUCUGGAUGUUCUAGCUAGAAGUCAUUUUAAGAUUUUGAUAAACAAUUUUGGUUGAAGAAAUUCCUUAAAUAUUCAACACAAACCUUCUGAUAUCUUUUGUUAGGGUUAUACCAGAAUAAAAUGCUUCUUUACUUCCAAGCUAUGCGAGCUCCCAGAGGUAAGAGAGUGACACGUGAUUUAACUUAUAUGUAAGGUUUAAAAAAGUAUUUAUGAUUAUAAACAUACAUACCAUUUGGGAGCAGGUUUACUAACCUUGAGAGCCAAAGGUUUCCUUAGGCCCUGUAACAUUCAGAACCUUUGGUGUUUCAGCUGAAAUAGUGACGGGAUAGGGAAUGUGUUCCAAAAGAAUAUCGGAGCAAUUUUUAGCAUUGCAGAAACCUGCUUUGGGCAUGUGUCUCUGUAGAGAUAACCUGAUGAUUAUUAAAUGUAAAAUUAAGGCAACUCAUGAAUAUUUUUAUUUACGAAGUGCUUGAAACUGUCAGCCAAGGAGAGACGACUAAGUAAUUUUAUAUAAUUCCUCACUUUUCUGGCUACAGCAAGACAGAAUAUGACCAUCUUCAUUUGAAGGCACCAAAUCGUCACAGUGUCUUUGCCAUAAAUUGCAGGGUUAAAUGCAGGAAUCUCUCCUUGCAUUCCUGUCUGGCAUAUUCUGAAGAAAAGAACAGAAUUCUUGUGCCUACCUAAGAAUUUGAGAAGCGUCUAAAACAAACCAGUUAGGUCAUUUUAACUGACUUGAUUAUCCAACUGGUCUUUGACAGAUGUGACUGUUGUUAUUUAGUUUAUGUUUGUCUGAUCAUCCAGUUUGCUUUAUUUUGCUGUGUUUUAUUUUGUCGUUUGUUUUGUUUUGUACCAACGUACUAAAACUAGUCAAAAUACUUGAAUUAGUUUGUUUGUGCAAAGUGUACAAGCUUAGUAAAGUGUCCAUGAAGCAAUAGCCAUGAAUGAUAAUUAUUUCUAAAUAGGGCCACGUGGUUUUAAACUAAUGAUGGUGAAAGAAUUAGGAUGACUGAGAAAGUCAUUUCGCAUGUUUACUAUUGUUAUAUUUGUGCUUUACUUCAAGAGUGCAGAAAUCAUAAUAAAUAACAAACUAUUUUUGUGUUUUCUCAAUUUGACAUUUCUGUUUCUCUCAUUUAUUUGGAUUUUCCUUGUAAAGAAAUUGACAUAUAUUUCAUAUACAUAUAUAUAUAUAGUCUAUAUAUAUAUAUGAUGUUAAAUUUCCUGCCACUCAUGUGGAGUAAUGAUCUGAAAUUAAUAGAUAAUCUGAAGCUAAUUAUAGUCAGACUAUUUCAAGUGCACUGUUUCAGUUGCCCGAGUGGUCCUUACCUCUUGUCCUUGAAAUCCAUGCCAUGCUGAAGCACGGCAAUACUGUGAUAAAGUAUUUUUUUUAAUAUUUCAAUGGAAUGCUCCAAAUGAUUUAUAAGAAUUUCAAAAUAAAAGAUGGCUUGUAGUAAAUUGUAAAAUAUGAGUAGAACUGAAAUAACCUGUUUCAUUCUUAUUCUAGAUUAAACAUAUACAUAUAACC